AUGGCCGACGUCACGUUCCCGUCUCUGCCCCACGUGGUGUCGCUGCUUUACUACGACCGUGUGGACGCCGCCAUCGAGAUGCUCCGCCCCCCGGCAGGAUACCCGCUCAUCUGUGUCACGGCCUGUGACCCUAAAUACUCGGACUACAGCCGCACCGGCUCCAUCUGCGUGAGCGAACACAUCAACAACACUCUGAGCCGGUACCGCUGGCUCGUGAGCGCCCCCUCGGGGUCGGACGGCGUCACCAGCGCCAUGAGGGAGGUGGCCUUUGACACCUUCUUCACCUCCUCCAGGAGCAUCACGCUGGACUCCAUCUACUUCCAGGCAGGAUCCAGGGUCCAGUGUGCCGCCCGAGCCGUGACCUCAGGAGGAGACCAAGGCCUGGAGCUCAGCAGCCCCAUCGUCACCAUCAGCCUGGAGGAAGGGAUGUGUCAGCCCAGGACGAUGGGAACAGUUGGAGCAGAACCGUUCUCGGCUAAACUGCGUUACACCGGCGCUGACCCCACGCACCCCAACCUCAUCCAGGUCACGGUCACAAUGCCCCACAUCGACGGGAUGUUGCCGGUCGUGUCCACUCGGCCGCUCUCUAACUUCGAGCUGACUCUGUCUCCGGACGGGAGCCGAGUGGGAAACCACCGCUGCUCCAACCUCCUGGACCCCAGCGAAGUCUCCACGGCCCACGGCUUUAGCCCCGCCCACAGAGCCAAGGCCGACGCCCACAGAGCCCAGGCCGACGCCCACAGAGCUGAGCCCGACGCCGCCCCCUACCAGCACAGUGCAGUACUGCGUGGGAACAGCACCCUGAGCUUCUACAACAGCCUCAACCUGGAAGCCUGUCUCUGGGAGUUCACCGGAUACUUCCACAUGUCAGAGCUGCUCAGCGACUGCGGCGGGAGCAUAGGGACCGACGGACAGGUGAGCAUAGGGACCGACGGACAGGUGAGCACAGGGACCGGAGGACAGGUGAGCAUAGGGACCGACGGACAGGUGAGCAUAGGGACCGACAGACAGGUGAGCAUAGGGACCGACGGACAGGUGAGCACAGGGACCGACGGACAGAUGAGCAUAGGGACCGACGGACAGGUGAGCACAUGGACCGACGGACAGGUGAGCACAGGGACCGACGGACAGGUGAGCAUAGGGACUGACGGACAGGUGAGCAUAGGGACCGACAGACAGGUGAGCACAGGGACCGACGGACAGGUGAGCACAGGGACCGACGGACAGGUGAGCAUAGGGGCCGACGGACAGGUGAGCACAGGGACCGACGGACAGGUGAGCAUAGGGACCGACGGACAGGUGAGCAUAGGGACCGACAGACAGGUGAGCACAGGGACCGACGGACAGGUGAGCAUAGGGACCGACGGACAGGUGAGCAUAGGGACCGACAGACAGGUGAGCAUAGGGACCGACGGACAGGUGAGCACAGGGACCGACGGACAGAUGAGCAUAGGGACCGACGGACAGGUGAGCACAUGGACCGACGGACAGGUGAGCACAGGGACCGACGGACAGGUGAGCAUAGGGACUGACGGACAGGUGAGCAUAGGGACCGACAGACAGGUGAGCACAGGGACCGACGGACAGGUGAGCACAGGGACCGACGGACAGGUGAGCAUAGGGGCCGACGGACAGGUGAGCACAGGGACCGACGGACAGGUGAGCAUAGGGACCGACGGACAGGUGAGCAUAGGGACCGACGGACAGGUGAGCAUAGGGACCGACGGACAGGUGAGCAUAGGGACCGACAGACAGGUGAGCAUAGGGACCGACGGACAGGUGAGCAUAGGGACCGACGGACAGGUGAGCAUAGGGACCGACGGACAGGUGAGCACAGGGACCGACAGACAGGUGAGCACAGGGACCGACGGACAGGUGAGCAUAGGGGCCGACGGACAGGUGAGCAUAGGGACCGACGGACAGGUGAGCAUAGGGACCGACAGACAGGUGAGCAUAGGGACCGACAGACAGGUGAGCAUAGGGACCGACGGACAGGUGAGCAUAGGGACCGACGGACAGGUGAGCAUAGGGACCGACGGAGGACAGGUGAGCAUAGGGACCGACGGACAGGUGAGCACAGGGACAGACGGACAGGUGAGCAUAGGGACCGACGGACAGGUGAGCAUAGGGACCGACGGACAGGUGAGCAUAGGGACCGACGGACAGGUGAGCAUAGGGACAGACGGACAGGUGAGCAUAGGGACCGACGGACAGGUGAGCAUAGGGACCGACGGACAGGUGAGCACAGGGACCGACGGACAGGUGAGCACAGGGACCGACGGACAGGUGAGCACAGGGACCGACGGACAGGUGAGCACAGGGACCGACGGACAGGUGAGCACAGGAACCAACAGACAGGUGAGCACAGGGACCGACGGACAGGUGAGCAUAAAGACCGACGGACAGGUGAGCAUAGGGACCGACGGACAGGUGAGCAUAGGGACCGACGGACAGGUGAGCACAGGGACCGACGGACAGGUGAGCACAGGGACCGACGGACAGGUGAGCAUAGGGACCGACGGACAGGUGAGCAUAGGGACCGACGGACAGGUGAGCACAGGGACCGACGGACAGGUGAGCAUAGGGACCGACGGACAGGUGAGCACAGGGACCGACGGACAGGUGAGCAUAGGGACCGACGGACAGGUGAGCACAGGGACCGACGGACAGGUGAGCAUAGGGACCGACGGACAGGUGAGCAUAGGGACCGACGGACAGGUGAGCACAGGGACCGACGGAGGACAGGUGAGCAUAGGGACCGACGGACAGGUGAGCACAGGGACCGACGGACAGGUGAGCAUAGGGACCGACGGAGGACAGGUGAGCAUAGGGACCGACGGACAGGUGAGCACAGGGACCGACGGACAGGUGAGCACAGGGACCGACGGACAGGUGAGCACAGGGACCGACGGACAGGUGAGCACAGGGACCGACGGACAGGUGAGCACAGGGACCGACGGACAGGUGAGCACAGGGACCGACGGACAGGUGAGCACAGGGACCGACGGACAGGUGAGCAUAGGGACCGACGGACAGGUGAGCAUAGGGACCGACGGACAGGUGAGCAUAGGGACCGACGGACAGGUGAGCACAGGGACCGACGGACAGGUGAGCAUAGGGACCGACGGACAGGUGAGCAUAGGGACCGACGGACAGGUGAGCAUAGGGACCGACGGACAGGUGAGCACAUGGACCGACGGACAGGUGAGCAUAGGGACUGACGGAGGACAGGUGAGCACAGGGACCGACGGACAGGUGAGCAUAGGGACCUACGGAGGACAGGUGAGCACAGGGACCGACAGACAGGUGAGCAUAGGUACCGACGGACAGGUGAGCAUAGGGACCGACGGACAGGUGAGCACAGGGACCGACGGACAGGUGAGCAUAGGGACCGACGGACAGGUGAGCAUAGGGACCGACAGACAGGUGAGCAUAGGGACCGACGGACAGGUGAGCACAGGGACCGACAGACAGGUGAGCACAGGGACCGACGGACAGGUGAGCAUAGGGACCGACGGACAGGUGAGCAUAGGGACCGACGGACAGGUGAGCAUAGGGACCGACGGACAGGUGAGCAUAGGGACCGACGGACAGGUGAGCAUAGGGACCGACGGACAGGUGAGCAUAGGGACCGACGGACAGGUGAGCACAGGGACCGACAGACAGGUGAGCAUAGGGACCGACGGACAGGUGAGCAUAGGGACCGACGGACAGGUGAGCAUAGGGACCGACGGACAGGUGAGCACAGGGACCGACGGACAGGUGAGCACAGGGACCAACGGACAGGUGAGCACAGGGACCGACGGACCGGUGAGCAUAGGGACUGACGGAGGACAGGUGAGUAUAGGGACCGACGGACAGGUGAACACAGGAACCGACGGACAGGUGAGCAUAGGGACCGACGGAGGACAGGUGAGCAUAGGGACCGACGGACAGGUGAGCAUAGGGACCGACGGACAGGUGAGCAUAGGGACCGACGGAGGACUGGUGCUGAACCUGGUGCAGUCCUACGUGACUCUGCGCGUCCCUCUCUUCGUGUCCUACGUCUUCCACUCGCCCGUGGCCGUAGGCGGGUGGCAGCACUUCGACCUCCAGUCAGAGCUGCGGCUCACCUUCGUCUACGACACCGCCAUUCUGUGGAGGGACGGGAUCGGAAGCCCACCGCAGGCCGAGCUGCAGGGCGCUCUGUUCCCCAGCAGCAUGCGCAUCGACCCACAGGGACGCCUCGUGGUCAACUUCAGGACCAAGGCCCGGUUCAGGGGUCUGUUUGUGCAGGCUCACUCUGCAGGGGGCCAGAGAGCCGUGUCCAUGGUGCUGAGUGAGGACCACCCUGGGCUGACCUUUAACCUCUCGCUGGUGCGGAGCGAGCCCAGCUACAACCAACCUGUGCAGCAGUGGACCUUCACCUCGGACUACGCCGUGAGAGAUUAUUCCGGGACUUACUCCGUGAGGCUGGUCCCCUGCACCACGGCCCAGAGCCUGGAGUUCUCUGUCCCUGUGAUCUGCAGCCCCCGAGACCCUGUGAGCUUCAAUCUGGACAUCCGCUUCCAGCAACAGUCCGUGGCUGCUGACGUCAUCAGCCUACGUCAUCAGCCUACGUCAUCAGCCUACGUCAUCAGCCUACGUCAGCAGCCUACGUCAGCAGGCUACGUCAGCAGGCUACGUCAGCAGCCUACGUCAGCAGCCUACGAUAUCAGCCUACGUCAGCAUCCUACGUCAUCAGCCUACGUCAUCAGCCUACGUCAUCAGCCUACGACAUCAGCCUACGUCAUCAGCCUACGACAUCAGCCUACGUCAUCAGCCUACGACAUCAGCCUACGUCAUCAGCCUACGUCAACAGCCUACGUCAGCAGCCUACGUCAGCAGCCUACGACAUCAGCCUACGACAUCAGUCUACGUCAGCAGCCUACGUCAUCAGCCUACGUCAGCAGCCUACGUCAGCAGCCUACGUCAUCAGCCUACGACAUCAGCCUACGUCAUCAGUCUACGUCAGCAGCCUACGACAUCAGCCUACGUCAGCAGUCUACGUCAGCAGCCUACGUCAUCAGCCUACGUCAGCAGCCUACGACAUCAGCCUACUUCAUCAGCCUACGACAUCAGCCUACGUCAUCAGCCUACGUCAGCAGCCUACGUCAUCAGCCUACGUCAUCAGCCUACGUCAGCAGCCUACGUCAGCAGCCUACGACAUCAGCCUACGUCAGUGAUCCUGUGUCAGUACAGUUCAGUCUGAACACUCAGAUGCUGCUUCUCUCAGAGAGGUCCUUGUGGGUCAGUGAGUCUGGGGCCUCAGGGGCCUCAGGGGCCUCAGGGGCCUCAGGGGCCGAGAGCGACGCUGCUUUUUCAGAAGGUGACACCAUAUAUGGUCGUGUGAUGGUGGACCCGGUGCAGAACUUGGGCGACUCUUUCUUCUGCAUCAUUGAGAAGGUCUUCCUCUGCACCGGAGCAGAUGGAUACGUGCCCAAGUACAGCCCCCCCAGGUCGGAGUUCGGCUGCCUCGCCGACUCCCCAUCGCUGCUGCACCGCUUCAAGAUUUUGGACCAGGCUCAGCCCGAGACCCAGGACUCAGUGUUUGGGGACGUCCCCUUUAACGCGGUGCUGGCCGUGGACGACCCGUCAGAACACAGAGAGGUCCACAGGGAGGUCCACAGAGAGGUCCACAGAGAGGUCCACAGAGAGGUCCACAGGGAGGUCCACAGAGAGGUCCACAGAGAUGUCCACAGAGAGGUCCACAGAGAGGUCUACAGAGAGGUCCACAGGGAGGUCCACAGAGAGGUCCACAGGGAGGUCCACAGGGAGGUCCACAGAGAGGUCCACAGGGAGGUCCACAGGGAGGUCCACAGGGAGGUCCACAGAGAGGUCCACAGGGAGGUCCACAGGGAGGUCCACAGGAAGGUCCACAGAGAGGUCCACAGAGAGGUCCACAGAGAGGUCCACAGAGAGGUCCACAGAGAGGUCCACAGGGAGGUCCACAGGAAGGUCCACAGAGAGGUCCACAGGGAGGUCCACAGAGAGGUCCACAGGGAGGUCCACAGAGAGGUCCACAGAGAGGUCCACAGGGAGGUCCACAGAGAGGUCCACAGGGAGGUCCACAGGGAGGUCCACAGAGAGGUCCACAGGGAGGUCCACAGGGAGGUCUACAGAGAGGUCCACAGAGAGGUCCACAGGGAGGUCCACAGGAAGGUCCACAGAGAGGUCCACAGAGAGGUCCACAGGGAGGUGCACAGAGAGGUCCACAGGGAGGUCCACAGAGAGGUCCACAGAGAGGUCCACAGGGAGGUCCACAGAGAGGUCCACAGGGAGGUCCACAGGGAGGUCCACAGAGAUGUCCACAGAGAGGUCCACAGGGAGGUCCACAGGGAGGUCCACAGAGAGGUCCGCAGGGAGGUCCACAGAGAGGUCCACAAGGAGGUCCACAGGGAGGUCCACAGGGAGGUCCACAGAGAGGUCCACAGGGAGAGAGAGGUCCACAGGGAGGUCCACAGGGAGGUCCACAGAGAGGUCCACAGGGAGGUCCACAGAGAGGUCCACAGAGAGGUCCACAGGAAGGUCCACAGAGAGGUCCACAGGGAGGUCCACAGGGAGGUCCACAGGGAGGUCCACAGAGAGGUCCACAAGGAGGUCCACAGGGAGGUCCACAGAGAGGUCCACAGAGAGGUCUACAGAGAGGUCCACAGAGAGGUCUACAGAGAGGUCCACAGAGAGGUCCACAGAGAGGUCCACAGAGAGGUCCACAGGGAGGUCCACAGAGAGGUCCACAGAGAGGUCCACAGAGAGGUCCACAGAGAGGUCCACAGAGAGGUCCACAGGGAGGUCCACAGAGAGGUCCACAGGGAGGUCCACAGAGAGGUCUACAGAGAGGUCCACAGGGAGGUGCACAGAGAUGUCCACAGGGAGGUCCACAGGGAGGUCCACAGGGAGGUCCACAGAGAGGUCCACAGAGAGGUCCACAGAGAGGUCCACAGAGAGGUCCACAGGGAGGUCCACAGUGAGGUCCACAGGGAGGUCCACAGGGAGGUCCACAGGGAUGGCCACAGAGAGGUCCACAGGGAAGUCCACAGAGAGGUCCACAGGGAGGUCCACAGAGAGGUCCACAGGGAGGUCCACAGGGAGGUCCACAGGGAGGUCCACAGGGAUGGCCACAGAGAGGUCCACAGGGAAGUCCACAGAGAGGUCCACAGGGAGGUCCACAGGGAGGUCCACAGAGAGGUCCACAGGGAGGUCCACAGGGAGGUCCACAGGGAGGUCCACAGAGAGGUCUACAGAGAGGUCCACAGAGAGGUCCACAGGGAGGUCCACAGAGAGGUCCACAGGGAGGUCCACAGGGAGGUCCACAGAGAGGUCCACAGGGAGGUCCACAGGGAGGUCUACAGAGAGGUCCACAGGGAGGUCCACAGAGAGGUCCACAGGGAGGUCCACAGGGAGGUCCACAGAGAGGUCCACAGGGAGGUCCACAGGGAGGUCUACAGAGAGGUCCACAGGGAGGUCCACAGGGAGGUCCACAGAGAGGUCCACAGGGAGGUCCACAGAGAGGUCCACAGGGAGGUCCACAGGGAGGUCCACAGGGAGGUCCACAGGGAGGUCCACAGGGAGGUCCUCCACACCAUAAUAGUAUUAAACAGUUAUAUUUUCAUACCUGUCCUGCAGGUGGCGGCCGGUCGUGAGUGGUUCGUCCACGCCGUCUACACCGUGCGCUCCAGAGAGAACGCCAACCGAGGCAUCGGGAAGCGCAGCCUGGAACGCCACUCCAUCUACUCCCCACAAACACACACCCACCACAUCAGCAGACGCUCUGUGGGCGACCGGACCGGACCCGCGCCGGACCGGACCCCCGACCCGGCGGCGGGCAUCGGCGCGGAGAACAGCCGAGGCACCAACAUCAUGCACGUCGCCCUGGACCGCCGCAGGAGGCGAUCGACCGCCGCCAAAACACGACCCGAAGGGGAGCCAGAGACGAGCCCGCGCCUGGGGGAGGACGGCGUGGUCAUGGUGGUGGGGGCCGUGGUCGGCGUGUUGCUAACGGCUCUGAUGGCGGUGGUGGUGGUCCUGGUGCUGAGGUGGAGGCAGGAGGACGGGAAGGAGGGCUGGAGGGAGGGGGUCCCGGGGGGGGUCCCGGGGUCGGUGAGCACGGAGCCAAUGCUGGUGGUGCGGCUGCAGGACUGUCACCACAGCUCCGAGGUCUGA